CUUAUUCGUUCACUAAUGACUUGCGUUUUGCCUUCUUGUUCUUCUACUGUUUUGGCGCUUACCAAACUUGUGCUUAAACGAAUUCCUUUAAAGACUUCUCGGCAUUUCUCUCAUUCUCCAUUUCUUCAAAAGGAUCAUAAAUUGACUGAAAUUUUAAAUAAGAAAAAUAAAAGAGGAAAACUUUUGCCUGUUGGAAUUAAAAAGAUUGAAAGCAAAAAGCCUGUGGCUAAUGUCUUUGAUGGAAUUUGUUUGGAACGUUUUGCUGCUUCCGUUGGUAAAGAUAUCGACUCCCUUAUUGAUGUAAUUACUCAAAUAGCUUCGGAAAACAAAGCAGAUGCUAUCAUUUCUAAUCCUGAAGCGCCUCUAGACAGCGAAUUAAUUCUUGAUGUGAUCUCCUAUCUCAAAAUGCGUCCUGUUUGGGUUCCUCCACCUCCUAAAGAAGAAAUUAUAGAUGAAUCUGAAUUUCAACUUUGCCCACAGCCUCCACCGCCUCCUUCAGAACUUCAAAAGAGAGCUCCUAUUGUGGCCAUAAUGGGGCAUGUGGAUCAUGGGAAGACAACACUGCUAGAUUCCCUUAGACGCUCAAACAUAGUCGCUCAGGAAUUUGGUGGAAUUACUCAACACAUUGGGGCGUUUUCUGUUAAACUCCCAUCUAUCGGAAAUCUACCUGUCACCUUUCUUGAUACUCCUGGACAUUCUGCUUUCAAGGCAAUGCGACAAAGAGGAGCCCAGGCUACUGAUCUAGUUGUGCUAGUUGUAGCAGCAGAUGAUAGCGUGAUGGAACAAACUGUGGAGGCUAUAAAAUACGCUAGAGAAGCUGGAGUUCCUAUAAUUGUGGCAGUCAAUAAAUGUGAUAAACCUACAGCCAAUCCUGAACAAGUUUUGAAUGAUUUAUUGAAACACGACAUAAUUCCUGAACAAUUUGGUGGGGAUACUCAAGUUGUGAAUAUAUCAGCACUUACUGGACAAGGAAUUGAAAACCUUUUGGUUUGUUAUUUUUAA